AGUGAGACUGCAGAAUAGAAAUUAGAAGGAACAGAAAGGAAGAAGUGUCGUUGAGCUCGCUCGCUCGAGGCGAUCAUAUUUCUUCUACCUGUUCCAAUUCGAACAGACCCUUCUCUGCAAUCAGUUGCUGACUUUGCGGUGAAAAUAAAGGUAUUUGGAAUCUCCGAAGAGGUUUGUUUCUAUGAAUAUGGCAAGUAACUCAGCGGCGCAGCUGGUGGGUUCAGAGAUACAUGGAUUCCACACAUUGCAAGAUUUGGAUGUGGGGAGCAUUAUGGAGGAAGCAAGAACCAGAUGGCUCCGUCCCAAUGAGAUUCAUGCCAUGCUUUGUAAUUACAAGUAUUUUACCAUUAAUGUCAAGCCAGUGAAUUUGCCAAAAAGUGGUACUAUUGUAUUAUUUGACCGCAAGAUGCUUAGGAACUUUCGAAAAGAUGGGCACAACUGGAAAAAGAAAAAGGAUGGGAAAACUGUUAAAGAGGCUCAUGAGCACUUAAAAGUUGGUAAUGAAGAAAGGAUCCACGUAUAUUAUGCACAUGGCCAAGAUAACCCAAAUUUUGUCCGUAGAUGUUAUUGGCUACUUGAUAAGAGUUUGGAACACAUAGUGCUUGUUCAUUACCGCGAAAUACAGGAGGUGCAAGGUUCUCCUGUCACUCCUGUAAAUUCAUACUCUAGUUCUGCCUCUGAUCCUACUGCACCAUGGAUUUUAUCAGAAGAAAUAGAUUCAGGGACCAAAACUACAUAUGCUGGCGAUAUGGGUAACAUCCAAGUCAAAAGUCAUGAACUGAGACUUCAUGAGAUUAAUACACUUGAAUGGGAUGACUUAGUUGUUGCAAAUGACCUUAAUGCCUCCAUUGCGCCUAAUGGAGGCAUUGUUCCGUAUUUUGAUCAACAUCAAAUUUUACUGAAUGACAGUUUCUACAAUGUAGCCAGCAAUCCAUCUGCAGAUAUUUCUUCUUUCAAUAAUCUAACUCAGCCAAUUGUGAGCAGCAACCGUGUUCCUUACAAUUUUUCAGAAAGUGUUAAUAUGCAGACAGUGGACAAUCAGGCAAAUCCAAAUGAGCAGAGGAGUAAUACUGUUUCUUUAAAUGGUGUUGAUUCCCUGGACACUGUGGUCAACAAUAGAUUGCAAAGUCAGGACAGCUUUGGAAUGUGGGUGAACAACAUCAUGUAUGAUUCACCAUGUUCGGUAAAUGACUCAGCUCUUGAAUCUUCAGUUUCAUCUGCUCAUGAACCAUAUUCAUCUUUGGUAGCGGAUAAUCAGCAACUUUCUCUUCCAGAACAAGUAUUUAAUCUGACUGAUGUAUCCCCUGCAUGGGCACCUUCCACUGAGAAAUCAAAGGUCCUGGUGACUGGAUUCUUGCACAAAGACUAUAUGCACCUUUCAAAGUCUAAUCUAUUGUGUGUCUGUGGUGAUGUCAGUGUUCCGGCAGAAAUUGUUCAGGUUGGGGUCUACAGGUGCUGGGUAUCACCACAUGCUCCAGGAUUUGUGAAUCUCUACUUGAGCUUUGAUGGCCAUAAGCCUAUCAGCCAAGUUGUUAAUUUUGAAUAUCGUACUCCUGUUUUGCAUGAUCCUGCAGCUUCUAUGGACGAGAAUGACAAUUGGGACGAGUUUCGGCUUCAAAUGAGGCUUGCUUAUUUGCUCUUUGCUAAACAACAGACCCUUGAUGUUAUCUCUGGCAAAGUAUCAUCUAAUGGACUAAAGGAGGCUAGGAAAUUUGCCUUCAAAACAUUAUUUAUUUCCAAUAGUUGGCAAUACCUAAUCACGUCAAUUGAAGACAAAAAAAUUCCAUUUUCACAAGCAAAAGAUGACCUAUUUGGAAUUGCAUUGAAAAACAGACUAAAGGAAUGGCUGUUAGAAAGAAUUGUCCUAGACUGUAAGACUACCGAAUAUGAUGCACAUGGCCAAAGUGUUAUCCAUCUGUGUGCAAUUUUGGACUAUACUUGGGCUGUUUCCUUAUUUUCAUGGUCAGGGUUGUCACUGGAUUUCCGUGAUAAAUGUGGAUGGACAGCUCUUCACUGGGCAGCAUAUUGUGGAAGGGAGAAAAUGGUUGCAACUCUGUUGUCUGCUGGGGCAAAGCCAUAUUUGGUCACCGAUCCUACUCCACAAAAUCCUGGUGGAUGUACUGCAGCUGAUCUUGCUUAUAUGAGGGGUUAUGAUGGCUUAGCAGCUUAUCUUUCAGAAAAAUCUCUGGUUCAGCACUUCAAUGACAUGAGCUUAGCUGGAAACAUCAGGGGCUCACUUGAAACUAGCACGACUGAUCCAGUAAAUAUUGAUAACCUCCCUGAGGAUCAGAAGAACCUGAAGGAUACAUUGGCAGCUUGCCGAACCGCUGCUGAGGCAGCAGCACGCAUCCGUGAAGCAUUUAGAGAACACUCCCUAAAACUGAGAUCUAAGGCAGUUGAGCUUUCCAAUUCAGAGGCUGACGCACGAAAAAUAGUUGCAGCAAUGAAGAUUCAGCAUGCCUAUAGGAACUUUGAGACAAGGAAAAUGAUGGUAGCUGCUGCUCGCAUUCAGCAUACAUUCCGUACAUGGAAGAUUCGUAAAGAAUUUCUCAACGUUCGUCGGCAGGCUAUUAAGAUUCAGGCUGCUUUCCGGUGCUUUCAAGUGCGUAAGCAUUAUCGCAAAAUUCUUUGGUCUGUCAGUGUGGUUGAGAAAGCAGUGCUGCGUUGGCGUUUGAAGAGAAGGGGCUUCCGAGGGCUCCAGGUCAACGCCAUUGAAGCAGAAACCGGUGAUCAGGAUCAGCAAAGUGAUGUAGAGGAGGAGUUCUUUCGGACUGGGAGGAAACAAGCUGAAGAACGUGUUGAAAGAUCUGUGGUACGCGUGCAGGCCAUGUUCCGUUCUAAGAAAGCGCAAGAAGAGUACAGAAGGAUAAAGUUGGCCCUUAAUCAAGCAAAGAUGGAACGGGAAUAUGAACAAUUUCUGAGUACUGAAGUUGACAUGGAGGAAAUGAAUACAUAGGUUACCUUAAGUUACUAUACAUGUUCUUAAUUUUGGGAUGCAGUUUGGUUUUGUAUAUCCUGUAGAUCUUGUAAAUUUCCCUUGACCCCCUUUCAAAUACAUGAAGUUUUUGUGUCAUUGGGCUCUCUAUGGUUGAUUCUUCUGAUGCAUGAUUUAGUUGCGACUGAAUUACUGUGCCACAAAAGUUCAAUAUACACAAUAGUUACUGCUACAGCUACAAGCCUGGUUUCGAGAUGGUAAAGUGCUUCAUUUCUUUGCACCUCAAAAAUAGGAGCUGAGGCAGCCAAAGAUCAGUGCUGAAAUUUUUUAUUUGUUGGCACCAACAUAUUUUCAAUAUUAAUCAAUUUAUAAUCAUACUUUUUGUUUUUAAAUACACAAUAUCAAUGAUCUCUCUAAAUUAAUGAUUAAGU